UCUGAGCACACCCCGUUCCCUCCCCCUGGGCUGAGGGAAGCAUGGGACCAGCCCUGCCCCAGCCUGUCCUCAUUGGCUGGCACGAGGCAGAGGGGGCUUUAAAAAGGCAAACGUGGCCAGGCUGGGGACCAGAGCCUGUGCUACUGGACGGCCCAGUGCCCUCCUCCGGCUGGCACCAUGCAGCUCUCGCUCACCCUGUGUCUCGUCUGCCUGCUGGUACACGCAGCCUUCCGCGUGGUAGAGGGCCAGGGGUGGCAGGCCUUCAAGAACGAUGCCACGGAAAUCAUCCCCGAGCUGAGCGAGUACCCGGAGCCUCUGCCAGAGCCGAACAACAAGACCAUGAACCGGGCAGAGAACGGAGGGAGGCCUCCCCACCACCCCUUCGAGACCAAAGACGCCUCCGAGUACAGCUGCCGCGAGCUGCACUUCACCCGCUACGUGACGGACGGGCCGUGCCGCAGCGCCAAGCCGGUCACCGAGCUGGUGUGCUCGGGCCAGUGCGGCCCCGCGCGCCUGCUGCCCAACGCCAUCGGCCGCGGCAAGUGGUGGCGCCCCAGCGGGCCCGACUUCCGCUGCAUCCCCGACCGCUACCGCGCGCAGCGGGUGCAGCUGAUGUGUCCCGGCGGCGCGGCGCCGCGCGCGCGCAAGGUGCGCCUGGUGGCCUCGUGCAAGUGCAAGCGCCUCACUCGCUUCCACAACCAGUCCGAGCUCAAGGACUUCGGGCCCGAGGCCGCGCGGCCGCAAAAGGGCCGGAAGCUGCGGCCCCGCGCCCGGGGCGCCAAAGCCAACCGGGCGGAGCUGGAGAACGCCUAUUAGAGCCAGUGGCGCCGCGCCCCGCACCCAGGCGCCCCAGGUUUCCGCCCCCCUGCGCGCGGUUUGAGCGUUUGUAUUUCAUUUUAAGUGCCUGCAACCCAGGGCCGGAGGUUGAGACCUUCCUGGCUGCAGCGGGAGGGAGCCAGGCCCUGUGGAUCCCAGGUGUCAGCAAAGCCCCCCUCUUCUCUCCCUCCUAGGGGGUCCCGGGGCAGGGGAGGAAACUGAGUCACAGACACUGAGCCACGUAGCCCCGCCCACCGGGGCCGCCUACCUUUGCAGGUCCCACUUCCGAGGGGGCAGGAAAGAAAGCGUUUCACUGCCCUGGGGAUUUAAGGGAGCAGUGGGGAGUGAGAAGAGUCCAGGGACUGGUUAAGAAAGUUCGAUAAGAUCCACCCCCACCCCCCAGCUCUCUGCCAGUCAGAAAGCCUUUAGUGCCGUGUUGUGCCCAGGACUGACUUGCUGGGUGACCUCUGAUAACGCUCUUCUCUUCCCGGACCUCGAUUUCCUCUUUAUAAAAUGGAGAUGGAGUGGGAUUAGCAUCUGGAAGAAUCUGCUGUCCUAUGAGUCCCUCUGAAUGGGCAGAGGAGAGAGACUUGGAUUGAAUCACUGAUAUUGUCGCUUCCAGCAUUUGGAGUUGUAAUCCUCUGAUGUGACAGCCAAAGAUGAAAAACAAGCAGGAAAAAAGAAAGGAGUCUAUUUCUGGCUGACUAACUCGGGGAAGAAGCUGUGAUGUGUCCUAGGCUGCUCUCCCCAGAUGUUUGGCUACCCCCACCCCUCCAUCUCAAAGGACCCAGAAACAACAACAUCAAAUGGGGUAGAGAAGACGGUCCCAAGGGUGGUGGGAGGCACAGAAAUAGCCCCCUGUUCCCAAAGAGCAGCCUGCCACUCCAUGGCCAUGUUUUGUCAUCACUUUCUGCAGAGAGGAGAGCUCAAGGACCCAUACCCUGGGCUUGCCACCGCCCGUUCAAACACCAGCAGGUCCCUUCCGAGGUACCUCCUCCUGCCUCCCACCCACGGAAACAUUUCUGGCUGGAAAAGAGCUUCUUACUGCUGUUACGUGGGAUGGCAUAUCUUAUAUUAAAAUAAUAUCAUUGGGGAAAAAAUGACAAGUGCUGUAUAUAUGCUGAGAAACCGCGAAGCUUCAUAGCUGCCGUCCAAAAACCUUUUUGGAAAAUCAUUUCCAGACACCACUUAAUUUCUGUGCAGUUUUCAUUGUUACAAAAAAAUUUUUUUUUCAGCAGAAGCACGUGCCGUGUGAAAGCCUACCCAGCUGGUUGUUUUUGCCAUCUUUUCAUGUGGGAUUUGUCCCCAAGAAUGAACAUCGCAGUUUUUAAAGAAGAGUUAAGUUACCUAUUUAUUUUCUCACUUAAGUUAUUUAUGCCAAAGUUUUCCUUGUAGAGAAGGACAACCUAAAUAUUGCUUUAUGAAAUACCCGUCUGUUCUUUCAAAACCCAGAGGCAUUGUUAAUAAAGACCAUGAAGUGACACGGA